CGAACAACGCGCCACAAACUCAGUCGAACUUAAACGGCGCUGGCAAUCGGACGCGUUUUGAAAACUCGCUCUCUCUGCGAUUUCAUUCUGGUUUUUUGGGAAAGUAAAAAAAGGUGCGAAGAACAACGAGAACAACAACAACAGUAACAACAACACCAACGGCAGCUGCAAGAAUAAUAAUAGAAAUUGCUGUCGAGCAGAAAACUGGAAAUCCAAAGGCAGCAGCAAGAAAUCAGUUUUGACCAUUCGCAGACUCACCGCCGACCGACCAUGAUCUUGCGAACGCCACUCGUUGCCGGCCACCAGCUGCAGCUGCUCCUGCUGCCCUCCGUCCUGCUCCUCCUGCUCCAUCUCCUUUUCUGCGAUGCGAAGACGGUCAAUCCCGAUGAUUCCAUGCAGAUGCAGCACCACCAGAUGAACGCGGAGCCGGGACUGCCGGAGCCCAGGGCCUACAUGCCGGAUGCCCAGCACUUGGACUUUGUCUACCACGAUCACGAGGAGCUCACAAGGUUUCUCAGAGCCACCAGUGCGAGGUACCCCAAUCUCACCGCCUUGUACUCCAUCGGAAAGUCCAUCCAGGGACGUGAUCUUUGGGUGAUGGUGGUCAGCUCGUCGCCAUAUGAGCACAUGGUGGGCAAGCCGGAUGUGAAGUACGUGGGCAAUAUCCACGGAAAUGAGCCCGUCGGCCGGGAGAUGCUGCUCCACCUCAUCCAGUACUUCGUGACCAGCUACAACUCGGAUCAGUACGUCAAAUGGCUGCUGGACAACACACGGAUUCACAUCCUGCCCACAAUGAAUCCGGAUGGUUAUGCGGUUUCCAAGGAGGGCACAUGCGAUGGUGGCCAAGGAAGAUAUAAUGCCCGUGGAUUCGAUCUGAAUCGCAACUUCCCCGACUAUUUCAAGCAGAACAACAAGCGGGGUCAGCCGGAAACGGAUUCGGUGAAGGAUUGGAUAUCCAAGAUCCAGUUCGUGCUCAGUGGAAGCCUGCAUGGUGGUGCCCUGGUGGCCAGCUAUCCGUACGACAAUACGCCGAACUCCAGGCUGCUCAAAGGGAUCUGCCGUUCGUCCGCCCUGUGCGCGAUGUUCCAGACCUACUCGGCGGCGCCAUCGCUGACGCCCGACGACGAUGUGUUCAAGCACCUGUCCCUGGUCUAUGCCCGCAACCAUGCCAAGAUGUCCAGGGGCGUCGCCUGCAAGUCGGCGACGCCGGCCUUCGAGAACGGCAUCACCAACGGAGCCGCCUGGUAUCCACUGACCGGCGGGAUGCAGGACUACAACUACGUGUGGUACGGCUGCAUGGAGAUUACGCUGGAGAUAUCCUGCUGCAAGUUCCCGCCAGCCUACGAGCUCAAGAAGUACUGGGAGGACAAUCAGCUGUCCCUCAUCAAAUUCCUGGCCGAGGCGCACCGCGGAGUCCAGGGAUUCGUGUUCGAUCCGGCGGGCAUGCCCAUUGAGCGAGCCUCCAUCAAGAUCAAGGGACGCGAUGUGGGCUUCCAGACCACCAAGUACGGCGAGUUCUGGCGCAUACUUCUGCCGGGCUACUACAAAGUGGAGGUCUUUGCCGAGGGCUUCGCUCCUCGCGAGGUGGAGUUCGUGAUCGUGGAGCAGCAUCCCACGCUGCUCAAUGUGACGCUGCAGCCCUCAAAGUAUCUGUUGGCUUCGGGCACAUCGACCACCACAAAAUCCUCAACUGUGAAUCGCCGCGUCAAUGGAAAGCUGCAGCUGCCAACAGAAUAAUGGCGAUCCGAUUUCUUUGAGUGUGUAAAUAAUAGCUAAAUUGGUUUAGACCUAGGAAAUGCUACGCAACUAACCCACUAAAACACCAUUGAACAUCUCACAUGAAGCUCAAGUAAUCUGUUUUGGUUUCCAAAACUUUCCUAACUUUCCAAAUUAAUAUAUUUUAAAGAUCUAACACUUUUAGUUUGAAAAAUCUAUAAAAUAUUAAAUUGCGUAAAAUAUAAAUUAAGAUAUUGAUUACAUUUUUGUUAUUACAUUUCGUUUAUCAAAAACUUAUUCUUUAAAAAACAGAUUUUCUUUUUGGUUUAACAAAUCUUAGACAAAAGUUGACAAAUAAUACCCUUAAAUACACUGACCUUUGCUGGCAAAAGGUCUAUUAUUAAAUAUAAUGGUUGCUUGUAACAAUAAUCUAGAAA